CUCUUCCCCUUGCUUCCAACGCCCAUUGUUGCGAACUAACCAUCCGACUAAGAGGAUUUUCGUGGAUUAUUUCAGUUUUUUCGGUGAUUUUCAUUUAGUGGGAGGAAAUGUACUCCUAGACUACGAGACGUCUAUGAUGACUUCGACAAUCUCAAAAAGUUGUUCAUAAGGAUAAAAUGUGUGUGUUCAUGGGAUGAGUGUAUGCUCGUGGACUCGUGGUUGUGAGCAUAUGUGAUUGUAUUGUGUUGAAAUAAACUUUUUUUUAUGACUUGUACUCUCUUCAUAAAAAAAUAUAAGAGCAUUUAGAUCACCAAAGCAGUAGUCCAAACGCUCUUAUAUUUUGUUACAUAAGGAGUACUGUUGUACAAACUCUUCUCCGGAUUACGCAAGACAGCUUUUUGCGUUUUCUCGAGAGAGAAAAAUUACCUACUAUCCCCUUUUCCAUCCACCAUGGCGGGUACAGCUACACGUGUUCCUGUCCAUUGCUACUCCCACUGAAUGGCAAAUAAGCCGAAGUUCCCGCGGCCCAUACUGUGAUUCCCGUGCCUCACAGAAGCAAUGGCGCAAUGCGAUGCUCUCCGGCGCUGCGUGGUCCUUUUCCCGCUGCCCUACCUUGGCCACAUGAUCCCCAUGCUCCGGCUUGCCGCGGCGCUGCACGCCAGCGGUCACGCCAUCACCGUGCUCCACACGGAACUCCACGCGCCGGACAAGGCGUGCUACCCUGCGGACUACCACUUCGUGGCCGUGCCCGCCCCCGACCUCCCCGCCGCGUCCGAGGACAUCGCGGCGUUCCUGGUGGCGCUCAACGCGUCCUGCGCGGCCGCCUUCAAGGACCGGCUGGCCGCGCUGCUCGCCGAGGGGAGCGUCCGCUGCGUGGUCACCGACGUGGUGUGGUUCUCGGCGCAGGCGGCAGCGAGGGACCUCGGCGUGCCGGCGCUGGCGCUCAUGACGAGCAGCGCGGCCAGCUUCCGGACCUUCAUGGCCUACCCGGCGCUGCUCGCCAAGGGCCACCUGCCUUACGACGAGUCGCGGGCGGACGCUCCCGUGGAGGAGCUGCCGCCGUUCCGGGUGAGAGACCUGCAGCGGCUCGACGCGAGCAGCCUCGACACCUUCGCCGGCCUGCUCGAGCGGUUCGUCGACGCAGCGAGGCGGUCGUCGGGCCUCAUCGUCAACACCUUCGACGCGAUCGAGGGCCCCGUGGUCGGCGACAUCCGCGACGGCCUUUCCUUGUCUGUGUUCCCCGUCGGCCCCCUCAACAGAUUCUCGCCGCCGCCCCAAGACGGCUCCUCCAGCUGCCUGGACUGGCUGGACAACCAGUCGCCGGGAUCCGUCCUGUUCGUCAGCCUCGGGACCGUCGCCAGCGUCGACGCGCACGAGCUAGCGGAGCUGGCCUGGGCAUUAGCCGACACCGGCCAUCCGUUCCUGUGGGUGGUCAGGCCAGGCAUGGUCCGCGGGCGUUCAUCGUGCUCGCUCGAGCUGCCUGCCGGCCUGGCGGAGCAGAUAGGCGACCGAGGGAUGAUCGUCCCUUGGGCCCCUCAGGAGAAGGUGCUCGGCCACGCCGCCGUGGGCGCCUUCCUGACGCACACCGGGUGGAACUCGACGGUGGAGGCGCUGUCGGAGGGCGUGCCGAUGGCCUGCCUGCCGUGCUUCGGCGACCAGUUCGGGACGGCGAGGUACGCGUGCGACGUGUGGAAGGUGGGGGUGGAGGUGGGGAGGCUCGGCCGGGGGAGCGUCCGGGCCGCCAUCGACAGGUUGAUGGGCCCUGGCAUUGAAGGGGAGACGAUCAGAGAGAGGGCCCGAGAUCUCAAGGGCAAGGUGGGACGUUGCAUUGAAGAUGGGGGCUCCUCUCACAUGGCGCUGCUUGCCUUGCUGGAACGAAUUGCUUCAUUCUGAAAGUUGUGGCCACAGCUGCAACAGUCCUGCCCAUCCGUGCAGCAUAGGAUUUGUGCCCCUGCAGUAUUAUCCAAUGUAUUCCAUAAAUUAUCCUGUUUAUUCUAUAAAUUAUAAGCCAGACUUUGAAAUGCAUCGAUCAGAUUUUCAA